UCGUCUAAUAAGAGUGCGCUCACACCUAUCUCAUCUGCGUUUCUUGAGAAAACAUAAUCUUUUACAGCAAGAUCAAAUUCUUAUUUCAUCUUUAAUGAUUUUCACGAUCGUUCUUGGUCAAAUGAGACAUGCUGCGUGCUUGCUUUUCUUGCUCUCUUCUAUUUGGCUAUGCAACGCAGAGGACACAAUGAGGCCCAACACAGUGCUGAGGGAGAACGACACUCUGGUCUCCGCCGCCGGCGUUUUCGAGCUGGGAUUCUUCCGAGAUGCCGUUUCCGGGCACGUGUUCGUGGGAAUCUGGUUCAAGAAUCUCGCGAAGAAGAAGCCCGUGUGGGUGGCGAAUCGCGACAACCCGCUCGAGCAUCUCUACGCGGCUUUCAUGAUCAGGGACGACGGCAACCUCAUCGCCACGGACAGGCGGCAGGCGCCGAUGCUCGUCAACUACGGCAAGCUCGCCACGACCUCCAACACCACCGCCACGCUUCUCGAUUCCGGCAACCUCGUUCUCAGACAGGAGAACGGCGGCGGCGGCGGUGAGAUUAUCUGGCAGAGUUUCGAUUUCCCGACGGAUACUCUGCUUCCCGGCAUGCGACUCGGCUGGUUCCGCCUCCAGACGCCUCAGCCACGACGGCAGAUUCUGCUGUCGUGGCUGGGCCCGCAGAACCCCUCCCGUGGCGAUUUCACGGUGGGGACCGCGUACGAGGAUGCCAGCCGAGUCGCUGUCUGGAACAGGGACGUCAGCCACGUGGACUUCGGCUGGAUUGGGAGCGACGGAUUGUUCAAAUUCGUUUUCAAGAAUUCGUUUUCCAGCUUCAACCUCAGCUACGCGUCCACUCCCGACGACAAGUACGUCGCUUUCGACGCCGCCGCCGGCUACGACAUGUCGUGGCUGGUGAUCGCGUCGGCGGGGCAGCUCGACGAGUACGCUCUGCGGGAGGGGAGGCUCUCCCUCGUGCGGCACGACCUGUGCGAGGCGAGCGCGAGCGUAUGUUUGGUGGCCACGGAGGCGGCGGCGCAGAGAUGCGGGGUGUACGGGGAUGCGUUUGCGGCGGUGAAUGGAUCCGUGCCGCCGUCUUCGGCGUCGGAUUUGAACGUUCCGAUCAUUGAUGACUUUGACGACUGCGAGCUCACUUGCCGCACCAACUGCUCUUGCGUCGCCUUCGCCUUCGGGGAUUCCGGCUGCCGGCUUUACUACGGGAGUUGGAGUGAUCUUCGCGGCCGCGGAGGGGAUGGAAAUGGUGUUUUUUAUGUUCGGCGCGUCGCAGCAAGGCGGAAGCAUGGUGAAAAGAUGAGGAAGCUGGCAAUAAUCAUCCUAAUAAGCUCAAUAACUCCAGUGAUUCUAGCAGCUGUAGUCUUCUGGUGCUUCAAGCGACGACAUAAACGCAUCUUUGCAGCUAACCAACUCAGAGAUGCUAAAUCUGCAACUACAAUCGACAUAUGGAAAACCAACGAUGUCGAGUUCAUUGGAGAAGAGCACAAGCUGACAUGGUUUGGCAUCGGCACGAUCGAGAAUGCAACGGACGGUUUCAACGCAGAGAACAAGCUCGGCGAGGGCGGUUUCGGACCGGUCUACAAGGGGAAGCUCCCGGGCGGGCAAGAAAUCGCGGUGAAGAGGCUCUCAAAGCGGUCCGUUCAAGGCGCCAAGGAGUUCAGGAACGAAGCAGCAGUGAUCUCCAUGCUUCAGCACAGGAAUCUUGUGAAGCUCCUAGGCUGCUGCAUUCAAGGGGAGGAAGAAUACAUAUUAGUAUACGAAUACCUCAUCAACAGAAGCUUGGAUUCCUUCAUCUUUGAUGACUCGAAGCAGGCAUUACUGGAUUGGAAGACGCGGGUUGGAAUCAUUGAAGGAAUCGCGCAGGGGAUCCUGUAUCUGCACAAGUACUCGAGGCUGAGGAUCAUACACCGGGACCUCAAGGCGAGCAACAUCCUCCUGGAUGGCGACAUGAGGCCCAAGAUCUCCGAUUUUGGGAUGGCGAGGAUCUAUGGCGAGAACGAAGCUCGUGCAAGAACAACGAAGAUCGCUGGCACAUAUGGUUACAUGUCUCCUGAAUACGCGAUGGAGGGGAAUUUCUCUGAGAAAUCGGAUGUGUUUAGCUUUGGGAUUAUAGUGCUGGAGAUCAUCAGUGGGAAGAGGAACGUCUCCUUCUUCGAGGCUGAUCUGUCUCUGAAUCUGCUCGGCUAUGCAUGGAAGCUGUGGAAAGAAGGGAGGAGCAUUGAGUUCUUAGACGCCACGCUGCAGGCUGGCUCGUGCGAAGCAGCAAAGUACGUCCGGCUAGGGCUGUUGUGCGUGCAGGAACGAGCUGCAGAUCGCCCGGCCAUGCCGGAUUUUGUGGCCAUGGCGUCCAACGAUGUAGCUGCUCUUCCUCUGCCUAAACAGCCUGCAUUUUUGAGCUAACUGUAUAGAUUUCAUGUUACCACUUUAGCACAGAAUUUUUUAAUUGUAUAUUCUUAUAGAAUUGCUGCUUUUUUUUUUUUUUUUUUUAAGUGUAGAUGUAGAUGUAGAUGUGUCUUAGAUGGAAUUCAAGUGAAGGGAACUAUUCUUUUUGAAAAUUUGAAGGUAUCAAACCAUGUAAGCUUCUAUGAAA